UGACGUCAUUUCCGGGCGCUGAGGCGAUGGCGGCCUCGUCGUCGUCGUCGUCGGCCCGGCCGCCGCGGCCCAAGAAGGAGCCGCAGCCCCUCGUCAUCCCCAAGAGCGCGGCCGAGGAGCAGCGGCUGAAGCUGGAGCGGCUCAUGAAGGCGCCGGAUAAAACUGUCCCCAUCCCAGAGAAGAUCAAUGAGUGGGCCCCCAGGCCUCCCCCUGAAUUCGUCAGAGAUGUGAUGGGUUCGAGCGCCGGCGCCGGCAGCGGAGAGUUCCACGUGUACCGCCACCUCCGCCGGAGGGAGUACCAGAGGCAAGACUUCAUGGACGCCAUGGCCGAGAAGCAAAGAAAGGACGAGGAGUUCCAGCAGCGCCUGCAGAGAAACAAGGUGGCGGCCGAGGAGCAGACGGCCAAGCGCAGGAAGAAGCGCCAGAAGAUGAAGGAGAAGAAACUGCUGGCCAAGAAGGCUAAACUGGAACAGAAGCAGCAGAAAGAAGGAUCUGAUCGUUCUGAAGAGCAGCCGCCCGGUGACUCCGAGGAGGAGGAGGAGGAAGAGGAGGACCCGCCCAGCUUUGUGAUGGGAAGCCGGUGACGGGGCCACGGCCAGGCCCGGUGAAAGUAUGGCUUGCUGGGUGUUCAGGACAGAGACACCAUCCGGUGUGGCCCCCCGGCAGUCCCAGAGCCCCCGAGCUUUGUGGGGAGCCAGGCCGAACCCCCCAUCUUGCCGCCGACCGGCCGCGACAUCGAAACGAGACCCCCGCAGCUCCGGGGCGUCCCGGGGUCCCUCGGGCGGAGCCUCGGGUCCGGGGGUGGGGGUCUCCCCAGAAAACAGCUCUUGGGCAUUCAAACGAAAUCCGUUUCUCCGCCCGGCUGCCUGGUUUUCAAACACAGGAGCGGAGGAGUCCCGGCAGCCCUGGGGCUCAGGCGGCUAUUUGUGAAAAUCAGAAAAGACACAUGGGAGCAGGGGAGGGAGGCGGUUUUGGGGGAGCAGCGGCCAACAUGGAGAACCGAAGCCCGUUGGGCAAGAUGGUUCUCCCGGCACGAGCCCCGGCCUCUGGGGAAACCCCUUAACCUUCAGGGCCUCGUGGAGGCUGACCUCGGCCCCUGACCGGUGCCCGGGAUUUGGGAGCCGAGAUGGGGGCAGAGGGCGGGGAGAGGCACGCGGCAGAGGCAAAUGGGAAGACCAUCCAUUCCCCUCCUUUCUCUGGGUUAUGAGAAUAAACCUCCUCUCCAUUUUA